AUGAUAGACAGACUCGAAGCGUUCAGGACCUACGCUAUAGCAAUGAAGAUCCCCACUUCUUCAGUAUCAUCCAAUGGGCAAGACGCUCUGUGGUGGGACCUCGGUGACCCAUAUCACUAUAUCAGGGUCACACCUCACAAACAAGAGGGAUACAGCCUGCUAGUCGUUGGAGGGGAGGACGAAAAAGUGGGUCAGCAUGAUGACUACGAAGCAAGGUUCAAGCGUUUGGAAGAUUGGACCAGAGAAAGAUGGACUAGUGCUGAAGAUUUAGAGUACAAAUGGAGUGGGCAAAUCUUAGAUUCUGCAGACGGCAUCGCCUACAUUGGACGUAAUCCGGGGGAGAAUAAUGUCUACGUCCAUACUGGUGAUAACGGUGACGGUUUGACCUAUGCUGCCGUUGGGGGUCUAUUGAUCACUGACCUCAUUCUCGGUCGAGAGAAUUCAUGGGCACAUACCUUCUCUCCUUCGAGACAACACAGCGGUUCUCAUCUCAAAAGUGCUAUGCAGACUAUCCCUCAUAUGAUCAAGGAAAACCUCGCAGAUCAGAUCCACUACACCAACCAUCUCAAGGGUAUCGUCGCUUGGAAUUCAGCUGAGAAAUCGUUUGAUUGUCCGAUCCAUGGAUCAAGAUUUACUUGUCGUGGUGAUGUCGUUAACGGUCCUGCUAAAGCUCCCUUGCAAGCCAAGUAA